AUGGCAACAAUGUAUCUCUCCGGGGAUGUGAAGCUGUGGUGGCGGACGCGAUAUGAGGACGUGCUGGAGUGGGGGGCCGUUGCGAGAUCAACGCCUGGGGGAGGAACUAAAUGGAGAGCUCAAGGAAGGGAGCAGUUCCUGCCUGGGAACGCAGCAUGGCUCGCACGAGAGUCCCUAAUGCGGACCGGCACUGUUCGAGAAAAUCAAAGCAGACCGUGGGGGACUGACCCGAGCUAUAGACAAAGAAGGACUUUGAUAGAUAGAAUAAGGCACUCAGACAUCAAAAAGAGGGCUACUUCACUAUGA